CGACAUCCCAAAAAGCGACCAUGACAGACAGCCGUCUCGUGGUUUCAUCAACUGUCACUUGAGAGGCUGUCACUCUCCAUCUACGCUGUAGCGCUACAUUGUCGCCUCGAGAUUUUUUUGGAAACCACGGCGGAUCGCCCCAUCUAAUUAAUCUAUUCUCUGUUUGCCGAAGGCAAAAGCGAUCGCACAAUCAUCGGCGGUAGCAAGGUUUCUUUUGAUUGACUCGAACUGUACAUGUAUGUACGAUACCCCCACCCUACCCAAGCCUACCCACCAUGACAUCUGUUGUCUACACUGUGGGGAAUACCUACCAAUUAAUUCCAUCUCAUCGUGCCAAACUGGAUCGCAGUGGUCAACACCGCAAAACCCAUGAUUGGACUUUGUUUGUGGACAUUUUGGAAGGGGAUCCAGAUGUCAUUCAGAGGGUGACAUUUGAUCUGGGCAGCACCUUCCAGCCACGAUCCUUUGCUUGUUCUUGUCCCAUUUCCGUCAAACGUCCCGAUGGAACCAAGGUCUGGCGUUUUAGUACGCGACAACAGUCCUAUGGCGGCACUGUGGCCAAGAUUAGUCUUCUAGGAGCUGGAGGGACUCGCGAGGAUGGACCCCAUCAUAGCAUUGUUCUCGGCGCACAAAGCUACGGUACCCGUCAGCAUUCCUUCACAGAACGAGCCGCUGUAAGACCUCUGCCGAUGCUCAAGAUUAACCCCAACCAAAAUUUCGGAAUUGAAUUGGAAUUGACAUCCACCGAUGCUACCACUUCAGUGGAACAGAUUGCGAGCAAGCUGACACACAAACUCAAAGGCCGCUUUGGAAGAAUUGUUUGCAUCCAAAACUACGCGGAUGCCCACAACACUACUUCAGUAUGGAAGAUGGUCCCGGAUUCCUCCAUUGUCUGUAGCCGCAAUGCUCCCUAUUGUACCAAAUUUGAAUUGGUCUCUCCCAUUUUGGUGGGAGGAGGAGGACUCAAUCAAGCAUCUCGGGUUCUAGAUGCCUGUAAUCACAUCAACAACGCCAGUCUGCAAGUCAACAAGAGUAUGGGAUUUCAUGUUCAUGUCGAUGUCUCUGGUUUGAGUCUCGCACAGCUCAUCAAGAUUGCUCAAAACUGCAUCAAAUACGAAGAUGUCAUUGAUGCUCUGGUGCCUCCCUCCCGACGCACAGGAAGCAUGGAAUGCGACCAGUUUUUCAAAUCCAAUCGCCAGGCACUCGAUGAUAACGGGUACACGACAAACAAGCAACGCCAUGAUGCACUGGGUAGCUGCAGCAGCGUGGCGGAGUUGGCAGAUCUCAUGAACCCGGGCAGCAGUCGAUACCACAAGAUCAACCUGCAGAAUCUCGUGACGGGACGUCAGCCCACCAUUGAGUUUCGUCAACAUUCUGCCACGAGCAAUUCGAGAAAGGUCUCUAGCUGGGUGCGUUUCUGCGUCACUCUGGUCUCCAAUUCGGCUCGUCUGGCAGCUCCAUCACCCUUCAAGGAGGACCGUGAUGUCGACUUUCAAUUCGAGGCACUGUUUCAAUUCGUGGUAAAAGACCGGGCAUUGCGAGAUUAUUACCGUGGUCGACGUGAUGACUUGGAAUUGGAAGAGGAGAGUGCUUGUUGUCGGGGAUGUGCCUCUGGAAGCGGCAUGUGCCAUGCUCACAGUCAGCGUAGAGCCAACAAGGUUUACGGAUAAACCCAACGGGCUCGAACGAUGGUGUCGGAAAACGAGGAACUAUCGCGUAGCGCCCAAUGAAAAAGAGGCUUGGAAUAUUCGCAAAUGCAUCUUCUAAUGGAAAAAGGUGGCUUGCUUACCGGUAGCAGAUACGACAACACGAGAAGACAUUUCGGCUUCUUGUUGUAUGGCUUUAUGAUCUACAUAGAAUUUAUCUUGCAGGUUUCUCGGGGACGUCAACAAUGGACAGGUCGUGUCCUUGUUCGACUACGAUACAGUAGCUUCUGAAGUCCCCAAAUAUUAUUUACUUGAUAUAUGAAUUAUUGUUUCUAUGUAACCGUACCAAGCUACUGUGCUUGGUAGUUCAUUCGUUCUCGUGUUGAGUUCUUGACAAAAAUCCCCGAGAUUUUAUGGUUGUUCCGCCCCAGCUUUCGUCAGCGUAUUCUUUUUCGACCUUUUUGCUUGAUGCGUCGCGUGCAUGUGUUCACGUCACCUCAUUGUUCUUUAGAAUGAGGUUUUUCCUUGUAUUUAUUCUUGUCGCCACUUGAUGUACCAAGCUCCCCACGAGCCAUUCUUCAGUCCUUUGUCUCUGGCAGCUACUGUACGGUGGCCCAAGACGCAUGCUUCUUGCCCCUUGUGGAUGAUUGUUUCAUUCCCAAACAUGAUCGAGUGAGAGAACGUUUGGGUGAUGAUUUGGGCUGCAUGCUGUUCAUAAUAGUGGCAGGAGUAUCGUCUUGCUCGGCCACGACAGGAGGCGGCAGCUUUCGUUUCUUGUUGUUUCGUUUUGGAUUGCGUUCGUUGGCGACAUCCAUGAUUCGAUUGUAGAGAACGUUCUGGUGCAGUAUGUUGCGACAACCCAAUCCUUCAAAGACGACAGUCCAUUGUUCGAGUUUUCGAAUCUUGCCCAAACACCCCACCGUGAGGCAAUGUUCUUGGACGGCCUGGGAGUAGAUUGUAAACGUACUGGCGUCAUUCCAUUCGGCGCCAAUGGCUGCCAUUAUAUCGACCAGAUCUUGAGGUGUGUUGUCGUCGUCGGCAUGGCUCAUGUUGUUGUUGUUGUUGUCGAGCAUGGCUUGGUGAUGGGUUCGGAGUUGGUUCUCCAGGAUCAUUCGAUGCAACGCGUUGUCGAUGCCAAUUCGCUGAAACAAAUCCGCAAAGAGCGCGGGUCGUUUCAACGCCCCUUGCAACAAGGCUUCCAAUUCCCCUUCCAUCUUCUUGGUCGACAAUACCAAUAAUAAGGGACUGUACGUCUCGUGGUAAUGCGAUCCUCCCAUGCAUUGUAACGCUCGUUGGAAAUCGGAAAUCGAGCAGGACUCCAAGGAUUGACCUGAUUUUGGAAGAUAAUUUCCCAUGAUGAAUGAUUGGAAUAGAUAGUUUUCUUUCUUCGUCCUUCCUUCAACUAGCUA